AUGAAGCUAAUUACUAUCCUGCUCCUCUGCUCCAGGCUCCUGCCAAGUUUAGCACAAUUAACAUAUUCCCAGGAAAUUGAUUGCACUGAUGAGACUGUAUUUCAAGCUGUGGAUAUCGCUCUGAAGAAGUUUAACAGUGGGUUAGAAAGCGGCAACCAGUUUGUGUUGUACCGAGUGACAGAGGGUACUACAACGGAUGGCUUUGAAACAAUUUAUUUCUUCGAGUAUCAAAUCAAGGAGGGCAACUGCCCUGUUCAGAGUGACCUCGACUGGCAGGACUGUGACUUCAAGAACGCUGAGGAAGCUGCCACUGGAGAAUGCACAGCAAUUGUGCGGAAGAGAAGAAAUAAAUUCUCCAUGGCUGGCCAGACCUGCAAGAUUACUCCAGGUAAGGGACCCACUACGACACACAAUUUCCCCUGUAUGGGUUGUGUGCGCCCCAUAUUGACAGAUAGCCCAGACCUGGAGCCGGUUCUGAAACACGCCAUCGAACAUUUCAACAACAACACAGACCAUACCCACCUCUUUGCUCUCAGAGAAGUAAAAAGUGCCCAUAGACAGGUGGUGGCUGGCACGAUUUUUGACAUUGUCUACUCAAUUGUGCAAACAAAUUGUUCAAAGGAUCGUUUUCCUUCUCUCCAUGGAGAUUGUGUGUCCCUUCCCAAUGGUGAUGAUGGUGAGUGUAGAGGUAAUGUCGUUGUGAAUAUUGAUAACAAAAUCGCCGACUUCUCGCAGACCUGUGACCUUUACCCAGGACAUGGUUUGUUAGACCCACUUUCCAAGUUUUGUCGUGGCUGCCCCAAGGAAAUACCUGUAGACAGCCCGGAGCUGAAGGAGGCACUGGGUCAUUCCAUUGUACAGCUAAAUGCAGAGAAUAAUCAUACCUUCUAUUUCAAGAUUGACACCGUGAAAAAAGCAACAUCACAGGUGGUAGCUGGAGUAAAGUAUGUGAUUGAGUUCGUAGCCAGAGAAACCAAAUGUCCCAAGGAGAGUAAUGCAGAGCUGACAGCAGAUUGUGAGGUCAACCACCUUGGCCAAAGUCUCAACUGCAAAGCUAACGUGUACAUGAGUACUUGGGAGAACAAAGUCUUCCGGGCUGUCAAAUGCCAACCAUUACAAAUGAACACAAUGAUGAGAAGGCCUCCAGGCUUUUCACCUUUCCGGACAGUCAGAGUACAAAAAACAAAAGAAGGAAAAACUGACUCAGAUUUCAUCGAAGGUGUGGAGGCUACCACAUCACCAUAUGACACUGAGAUCCAUGAUGAUUUGAUCCCUGAUAUCCAUGUACAACCAGAUAGUCUGUCAUUUAAGCUGAUAUCUGAUUUUCUAGAAGUAUCUUCCCACAAAUGUCCUGGGUGCCCAUGGAAGCCACUUAGUUGGAAGGAUUCACCCACAGAAACAACAGAAUGUUCUGACUUUGAUCUCCUUGAUGCCCUUUCUUAA